AUGGAUCAGUACCAGAAGUACGCCACGCACUGCGAGCGGGCGGACAGCGGGAACGGAAGCGAUCUGGAGAGCAACGGCGUUCCGGCCAAGCCCGCAUCGCUGCUGACCGACGACAGCGAGGAGAGUGGUCCCUCCUCCCUGGGCAGUGACUCCCUCAACUGCAGCAGCACGGAGUACGUGCGUCAGGCGGCCUCCCAGCCCAGCGGCCAGCUGCAGCUGCAGCGGCAGCGGCAAAAGUCGAUACGCAUGCUGGGAUCCCUGGGCUCCCUGCUGCCGGACUCCCUGCUGCGGGACAUAAGGGAUCGGCGCAGUGCGGAGGAGUACGUGGUGCAGUACACGGGGACCGUCACUACCCACGCCGAUGUCGAUACCGAUGCCGAUGCCGAUUCCGAGGUCAAGGACAAGCCAAUGCCAGCGGGCAAGAUGUCGUUGCGCCUGUCCCGCGAGUCGCUUAGCGAGGAGAAAAUCGAGGAGCUGCGUGCAGCCGUGGAGAGAGCCAACUUUGUGCAAACCGGUGAGGAGUCGUUGGACAGCAUUGAGGCCGCCUCGCAAUCUCUGCCAGUUACCAGCAACAUCCACGGCCACAGCCACACCAAUGGCAGGGGCAGUGGCAGUGGCAGUGGCAGCAGCAACAUCCACUACAAAUAUGCAGACGAUCAAUACUACAGCUUUCACAUUAACGAGCACGAGAACUUUAGCAGCUUCGCGCGUCACGUCGACGGCGACGAGUCGGAGAUGGCCGCGAGCCUAACGGAACAGCAAGAUCUCUUCGCCGGCUACCGGGAUGUGCGGUGUGGCAGCAGCUCCACCCAGUCUACCAUUCGCUCCGCCAAGGGAACGGUGCGAGGCGUCAAAAAUCGUGUGCGCAAUGGAAUAGCCACGUUCUUGCAGCUCCAGCAGCAGCCCAAUGCCAAGUGCUACAAAGAGAAAGACCUGGGCAAAGUGGUGCUCUACACCACCAGCAUGGGCAUUAUACGGGACACCUACACGAAAUGUGCCAAUGUCAAGCAGAUUCUGCGCACUCUGCUGAUCAAGUUCGAGGAGCGAGAUGUCUUCAUGAGCGUCGAGUACCAGGCCGAGAUGCGCCAACGCAUGCAGACCUCCCAUGUCCGAGUGCCCCAGCUGUAUGUCGAGGGCCAGCACAUCGGCGACGCGGACACAGUGGAGCGGUUGAACGAGUCCGGGGAGCUUCGCCAGCUACUUAAGCCGUACAAGUCCAUUUCCAGCACCUACACCUGCCAGACCUGCGGCGGCUACCGCCUGCUGCCCUGUCCCUCCUGCAACGGGUCCAAGAAGUCCGUUCACCGGAACCACUUUACGGCCGAGUUCGUGGCCCUCAAAUGCAUGAACUGCGACGAGGUAGGACUGGUCAAGUGCCACAACUGCUGA